AUUCUGCGUUUGGUAGCUUGUUGUUGCGCUGUCGAUGGACCUUUGGCGACAACUGAGUGCGUACUGGGGCGCCCCCAGUGAUGUCGAAGAGACUGAGGAGCAGAAGUUCAACCGCGAGCGUCGCCAGGCGAAGCUUCGCCUCCUCAGCCGCAGCCAACGUGGCGUCAUUCUUGAUGACCUCAAGGCUUCCGUGGCCGAAGUUCUGCAGCUGGUGCUCCAACAACAACAAGCCGCGCAAGCGCAUGCUGCAUCAUCUGUCACAAUGGAGAGCACCGACGACGACAAGCACAAGAAACCGCUUCUUCUCAACGACGACCUUCCCGCUGUAUCCAAAUUGUGCGCGACGUUGGAUCGAUGUUUUUCGCAUGGUCUGCGCCGCGUAGAGAACGACGACCAGCAAACAGUAAAGUUCUUUGGUUUGCUUAAGUGGACGUGCACUCGAUUGGGCGCGAUCCAUCAACAGCGCAUGGCGUGCGGCGAGGACGGUGCGGGAAGCGCAAACCUGUCCAAACAAGCCGUGCAGCUCGCCACUUCAUCGUUGGAGCCCGAGCUUCCACGCAACGUGCGCGGGUUUCUCGCGUGUGUUCGCACCGCAAAUGAUCUGUCCAACGUUCACCAGGACGAAGGAAAGGUGCGGGCAUUCAUUCGCCAAGCACUCAACACGCACAUCCUCUUGGAAUGCAUGAAAGUGACCCUCAACGACGCCAACCAAGACCUCCUCGUGUCCUACUUCACCGAGCAUGCCCUGUUCCGCCAAAAGGAAGAGGUCGCUGUGUUUCUCGAGUUGCUCGACGGCCUCGACACGCUCUCGUUCGGUUUUCUCGUGAAUGACCCGCGCUUGGAUCUUUCGCCUGACAUCCAGCCAUUCCUCACCCCAUUGCCCAAACCGAUGGCGCAAGUCGCCGCGGCACCGCCCGCUGACCUGAUUGACCCUGAGGACAUGGUGCAGGGCCGCGUUCGUCUCUCCGGCGAGGACUACGAAUGCAAUCUCCUCGCGGCCAAGUUGAUGUCGUACCGUCAACUCAACCACGAAUUUGACAAGUCCACGAAUGGGAAUCCACUAGCAGAUGUGCUGCUCAAGGCCAAGACGUCCCAGGCCCUAGAUGACGCCACGUCGGCCGUCUUGCGGUUCCUCGAGAUCGGUCUCCCCGAGUACGACGUGUUUGGCGCGCCGUUGCUCGAAGUUGUGUGCAACCCCUUCUUGUGCGGCCUCGCUCGCUUCGACACGUCGUUGGGGCUCCCGGACGUAGUCGAAGCGUGCGUGUGCUACUUGCAUCGGAAACUGGCCACCCCCGGCCUCUUCCAAGUUCAUCUUGCAUCGGAGCACGUGCUGGACCUUCGUGACGCCAUUGAAGAGCUCGGUGGGUUCCACAAGAGCAUGGCGAUCGAUCCGCAUGAAGUCAUUUCCGUCCUCCUGCAAUACCUGUGGGAGCUGCCGGACCCGUUGCUCACGGAAGAUCGAGUUGAUGCGUUCCUUGCCGCGGCCAAGGCACCAGACGACAAACAAGCGGUGCGCCAUCUUCGACUCCUCGUCAACGACCUUCCGUGGUUUGUCAAGCCAAUGCUCGAACGCCUCUUGCACUUGUUCUCGCGCGCCUUAGAGCCUGACAUGAGUUCGAAGAAUGGCCUGAACCCACAGUCUUUGAGUCUCCUCCUCGCGCCGCUCCUUCUCCGAGCGACGAGGCCGUACCGAUUCUCGGAACUGGAUGAACCUGCCACCCGCCGAUUCCCUUUGGCCGGGCAUGUACCUGUCAAGCACCGGUUUCCGUCGACAGUGUACAACGAGUACCCGAGCGAGAUUGCUGAACGCCUCGCUGCCGAAGCCCAGGCAAUGCGCAAACUCAAGCAACAAGCCGAAGAGGGUGCAGGCGUUGUCGAGUUACUGAUCCUGAACCAAGCAACGAUUCUCCACGACGUGCGCGAGGAAAUGACGGUGCGUCGAUCCAAGUUACAAGCCAAAGUCGAAACGAUGGAAGGCGUGCGCAGUCGGUUGGACGUCCACAUAGACAUCACGCAGGAGUACCAUGCCACAAUGCUGAAGAAGCUGUGGGACGGUCUCCUUCCGCUGGACGAACACGCUGCAGAUUACUCGGCCAACUUGGCACUGGAAACUGCCUCAACCGUCGACGUGGCGGCCUUGCUUCGGUCGUCCCGGUGGCUGCAGAGCGGGUUCCACACCAAGGAUCCGCUCGGCGGGUUCCGCGGCGGUGGCCUCUUGUCGCUUGAAUGCCUCGUCUACUUUGUCCACGAGUACAAGGAUAAAGCGCAGACGAUGAUGGCGAAGAACGCCCUGUCCGGUGGCAACCGAUACCCGUUCCCGGUGGCCGCGAUCAAUGUGAUGCGGAUGAUGUUGAAACUCCUCAUGCUGGAUGCCGCCCCUGCCACGAGCAGCUCGCUGAUCCUGCACUCUGAAACGGGCGUCGACACCGUCCUGACGAUGCAAGUCGCCGAACGUGUGUCUCGCACGCCGUUUUGGAAGGUGUUUGACGACCCGAAGGCGUUCGAGCGCCUCUUCAGCAUGGCGUUCAUGGUGCUAGACCUGCAUUGGUUGCGCUCUGGCGCGACACAGAUGGGAUUCAAUCCAGUCUUGGACACGACGAGGCGGCAGAUGGGCUGGCUCCUGGAGCAGGCGCCGCAAGACAUCGACGAGAUGUGGAUGACGUGGAUGCAAGUGCGCGAAGGCACGGUGAAGAAGGUUGUGAAUGUGAUCCCGGGCAAGCUGCCUCAUCACGUGUCCAGUCGCGAAGACUGCACACUCGACGACGACGACGCCAUGGACGCCGUCAGCGACCAGCUCCUGCAGCAACUCCAGGAAAAAGACAAGGAGCGAAUGGUGAACCAAGCCAAGUUUCUCGAAGAGAAGCUCGGCGCCCUUGCUGUGCAGCCGCCUGCAUCCGACAAAACCGCAUGCGCAGCGUUCCCAGAAUUUGACAUGCCCCAAGACAGCCUCCUGAAGCUAUCGCCACUGGAUAUUGAUGCCAUCUAAAUUUACGAAAACUGAAUGCUGAAUUGCGACGUUAAGAGUCCUUCCAGUGCACGAGGAAGAGACUCUGUUGUAGAACGGCACGUGUGCACAUCCGAACGACUGGUCCGUCGGCGCAUUUGGACAAAGGACGUGGCUUGUCCCGAGAGCGCCACGAUCGAAGGCAUGUAGGUAGAAAGCGUUUGUGUUUAGUCGUAACCCUGGCGCAUUUUCAUCUCUGUCUCGGAUUUCCAUGUCUUGAAGUCGCUGCCAAUUCCCGACUGACCCUUAAGACGCUGCUGCUUGACGCGAUCUUUGCCACUGGUCUUAUCCCCGUCGCCGCCUUUUCGCUUGUGCGAGUUGCUCUCACCCGACUGCUUUUGAUGGUGGCGUGGCAAGUGCUUUGUUCGCUUCGGAAUAUCUUGAUCGACACCGGGAAACUCGAACAUAGAACCCACCUUUGCUUUGGCUUCAGGAGGUGUGUCGGUGCUAUCAUGGGUCCUUCGUUGCGCAAGCUCCAUGGGAGGCGGUGGGAGCUUGGUCAGUGUUUCCUUGUCGAUGUCAAACACGUCCAACGAAGCUUUUUUGGGUUUGACGAGGAAGGACGGAGCUUUGGUUUCCUUGAAGAUGUCGUCCACUCGCGGAAGAACAAUCGACGGUUCCUUCUCUACACGAGCCACGUGCUCGACCUCGUCGUUGUCGAACGAGUCACUGCCGCUGCUGUAGUCUGCCCCGAGCAGCGACAUGGCUUGCGAAGGAGUGGAAGCA